ACUCGCGGUAAAGUGCGGCUGCAAGCUAUGAUAUAUAACAUCCCAAAAGGCCGGCUUGUCCGCCUUCACUGUUGCUCAGCUCAGGUAGUUCUGGUCUGAGUUUCUGCGCCAACUUGCAGUUUCAACCCGCCAUUGACCCCUUCAUUCCUUAGCCGGCUGUACACACCAUGGCGAAGCUCGUCAACCCCGUGGAGAUCGCACACAGCCCGCCGGUGCUUGCUUUCCUUGCACUUUUUACACAUCUAGUCCUGCACCGCAACGAGUGGGACAACCACAUCAACCUGUUCAUCUACGCAUGGCUACUCGGCUUCGGUGGUAUCGCCACGGCCGAGUAUGUCCUGGACCCUCGAGCCAAUUCGAUAGGUGCUGUCGUCAAGGUUACAGCAACUGCAGCGGCUACUUACUUUGGCGUGCUGAUCACAAGUAUUUUGAUUUACCGAGGGUUCUUCCAUCGUCUGCGAAAGAUUCCGGGACCCUUCCUGGCGCGCUUCUCCAAGUUCCAUGCAACCUUUGCUGGUGUGCUUCCGAACUACCAAUACUUCAAGUACAGCGAGGCGUUGCACAAGAAGUACAAGACUGAUGUCAUCCGGACUGGCCCGCGAGAGGUCACUGUCUUCUGCGCCGAAGCCAUCCCUCUCGUCCAUGGACCGAUGUCGAGAUGCAGGAAAGGCACCUGGUACAACAAUGCGAGUCACAUUGGCAAAGCGUCCACACACACGACCCGCGACAAGCAGGAGCAUAAGACGAGGCGCAAGGCCUGGGACCACGCUCUCAACGCAAAGGCACUGCGAGAGUAUGAGCCCAGGCUGAACCGACACGCUCUCGCGCUCAUGACAAAGCUGAAGGAGGAGGCUGUGAAUCCUUCCGUGCGGAUCACCAACUGGGUCAACUUCUACAGCUUUGAUGUCAUGGGCGACAUAGGGUUCAGCCGCAGCUUUGGCAUGCUGGAGAAGGGCGAGGAGGAUCCUAUGAUCAAGCUCCUGUACGCCAGCAUGGAGCCGUUGUCUACUUUUGGGCACAUCCCGUGGGCACUGAACCUGAUCACACGGACGUCUGCGGGUGCCAAACCACUGAUUGAGCACAUCAACUGGACAGCAAAGGUUCUGAAGGAGAGGAAGGCUAUCACGCCAAAGGAGAACGACAUCUUCACCUGGCUGCUCGACCCCGAGAGUCUAGACGUCACCCCAGAGCUAAACGCCGAUUCCCGUCUUCUGAUCGUAGCCGGCAGCGACACCACCGCCGCAACCCUAUCCUUCAUCGCGUACGAGCUCUGCAAAAACCCCGCCGUACAACUCAAACUCCGCGCCGCCAUCGACGCCAUCUGCCCCUCCAAAGCACACCUCGAUGUCGACGACGUGCAAAACAUCCCCUACCUCGACGGCGUCAUCAACGAAGCCCUGCGCCUGCACCCCGCCGUCCCCUCAGGCGUGCAGCGCGAAACGCCCCCCGAGGGCCUCACCCUGCCCUCCGGCACCUACAUCCCCGGCACCACCAUCCUCUGGAUGCCGAUCCACUGCAUCCAGCGCGACGCGCGGUACUUCAGCUCCCCGCUCACGUUCCUGCCGGAGCGCUGGACCGACGAGCAGCCCGGCGCCGUGCGCGACAAGCGCGCGUUCAUGCCCUUCGGCACCGGCGUGUACGGCUGCGUGGGCCAGAAGCUGGCGCUCAUGGAGCUGCGCAGUGUGGUUGCGAAUCUGAUCAGGUUGUUUGAGAUUGGGUUUGCGGAGGGCGAGGAGGGGCAGUGUGUCGAGGCGGAGAGCAGGGACUGUUUUACGACGAAUGUGGGGAAGUUGGAUGUGCGGCUUACGCCGCGGUACAAGGAGUAGGGGGUGGGGUGGGUCUGCGGGUUGCAGAGCGAGGGUUGGUGGUGGAUGGCGAGUGCGCUGGUGACAUCUUUCAGCGCUGGGGUCGUGGGGUCUUUGGUU